GCGGCAGCGGCGGCAGCGGCUGCGUCCCCGGAGCGGCGCGGACCAUGCUGCUGGACGCCGGCCCGCAGUUCCCGGCCCUCGGAGUGGGCACCUUCGCCCGGCACCACCACUCGGCCGCGGCGGAGAUGCAGGACCGGGAGCUGAGCCUGGCGGCGCAGAACAGCUUCGUGGACUCGGCGGCGGCGCACAUGGGCGCCUUCAAGCUCAACGCCGGCGCCCACGACCUCUCCCCCGGGCAGAGCUCGGCGUUCACCUCGCAGGCGCCCGGUUACCCUGCCGCCGCCCUGGGCCCCCACGCCGCUCAUGUCGGCUCCUACUCCGGGACGCCCUUCAACUCUACCCGGGACUUCUUGUUUCGCAGCCGGGGCUUCGGGGACUCGUCGCCGGCCGGCGGGCAGCACGGCAUCUUCGGCCCUGCGGCCGGCAGCCUGCACCACCCGCACACGGACGCUCAGAGCCACCUCCUCUUCCCGGGCAUCCACGACCAGCACGGUCCCCACGCCUCCCAAAAUGUUCUCAACGGGCAGAUGCGACUGGGCUUGCCGGGGGAGGUAUUCGCCCGGUCGGAUCAGUACCGCCAGGUUUCCAGCCCCAGGACUGACCCUUACUCGGCGGCUCAGCUGCACAACCAGUACGGCCCCAUGAAUAUGAAUAUGGGCAUGAACAUGGCAGCCCACCACCACCACCACCCAGGUGCCUUUUUCCGCUACAUGCGGCAGCAGUGCAUCAAGCAAGAGCUCAUCUGCAAGUGGAUCGAUCCCGAACAGCUGAACAACCCCAAAAAAAGUUGCAAUAAAACUUUCAGCACCAUGCACGAGUUGGUCACCCAUGUCUCGGUGGAGCACGUUGGGGGACCCGAGCAGAGCAACCAUGUCUGCUACUGGGAGGAGUGUCCCCGCGAAGGCAAACCUUUCAAAGCGAAAUACAAACUGGUCAAUCAUAUCCGAGUGCACACGGGAGAGAAACCUUUCCCCUGCCCUUUCCCUGGCUGCGGAAAAGUUUUCGCCAGAUCAGAAAAUCUCAAAAUUCACAAAAGGACGCACACAGGGGAGAAGCCCUUCCAGUGCGAGUUCGAGGGCUGCGACCGGCGCUUCGCCAACAGCAGCGACCGCAAGAAGCACAUGCACGUCCACACCUCGGACAAGCCCUACCUGUGCAAGAUGUGCGACAAGUCCUACACGCACCCCAGCUCCCUGCGGAAGCACAUGAAGGUGCACGAGUCGUCCCCGCAAGGCUCCGAAUCCUCCCCGGCCGCCAGCUCCGGCUACGAGUCCUCCACCCCCCCGGGGCUGGUGUCCCCUAGCGCCGAGUCGCAGAGCACCAACAACCUCUCCCCUGCGGCGGCGGCGGCGGCGGCGGCAGCGGCGGCGGCCGUGUCCGCCGUGCACCGGGGCGGCGGCGGCGGCGGCAGCGGCGGCGGCGGCGGCGGCCACAGCGGCCUUUCCUCCAACUUCAACGAGUGGUACGUGUAG